UGAAGGACACAGCACCUCCACAAUUUUACCCCCUGCGGGUUCAGCCCAACACCACAUGUGUAAUAUAAAUGUGUCGAGUGAAGGCACAGAAAACUGGUUCUUUCAUAUGUUCUUCACCCUCAAUGGAAUCUGAGGUUGAAAUAAUGAUAAAUUGCUUCAUUUAUUCCUACAGACCAGAACACUAAGGCUUAAUAUUAUUGGUAUAUAAUUAAUUAUAUAUUUUACUACAUCUUUCAAUGCUAAAGGUUUCCAAAAUGAUGAAUUUUAAGAUGUAUUUGGAACUAUUGAAUUUGGCUUUGGUUACAGGAGCUCACAGUGCACAGUGACUGCAAAUGUUCCACCUCACCUGGUCCACUUUGUUCUGAUAGAAAUCACUCGGUUCACCACUAACUGAAAUGAGUUCUGAGUGAGAUUGUCUGUAUAUAUUGAGGGGGUUUAACUCAAAUGUACUUCUUGAGGGAUCUGCCCAAUCAAAAUCUUCCACAGGUAACCUCUCCUAUUUUGCACCUAAUUUCAUUCCAUGCAAAUGAAAGUGAUCUCAGAGAGCAGCUCUCUCGGUCUGUGAGUGCAGGAAAAUGGCAGAGGCCAGUAUUUCAGUAGAUCAGGACCAGUUCAGCUGUCCAGUCUGUCUGGAUCUGCUGAAGGACCCAGUGACGACUCCCUGUGGACACAGUUUCUGUAUGGUGUGUAUUAAUGGCUGCUGGGAUCAGGAGGAUCAGAGGGGGGUCUACAGCUGCCCCCAGUGCAGAGAGACCUUCACUCCAAGGCCUGUUCUACUCAGAAACAACAUGCUGGCUGAAGUGUUGGAGAAACUGAAGAAGACAGAACUCCAAGCUGGUUCUCCUGCUCUCUGUUACGCUGGACCUGGAGAUGUGGAGUGUGAUUCCUGCACUGGGAGAAAAUGCAAAGCCAUCAAGUCGUGUUUGGUGUGUCUGGCUUCUUACUGUGAAGCUCAUCUUAAACCUCACUAUCAGUCUCCUGCCUUUAAGAAGCACAAGCUGGUCGAAGCCUCCAAACAGCUACAAGAGAAGAUCUGCUCUAAGCAUGAUGAAGUGAUGAAGAUCUACUGUCGUACUGACCACAGCUGCAUCUGCUAUUUGUGUAAGAAGUAUGAACCCAAAGGUCAUGAUACAUGUAGCCCCUGGUAAAUCGGUGGCUAACUUUUUAUUUCAUUUCAUAAAGUGACCUUGUUUUAAAAUGUUUAAAAUGAUUUAAAAACUGUGUAAAAAUGUUAAAAUGCCAUGUCUGAUACUCAGGAGUUAAGUGAUCUCAUUGCUGUAAAAAGUUGUUAAUCUCUGGUUUAUCACUUCCUCGCUGCUGAUUGGCGCUCUGGCUGCGCGGGGGGCGGGAGGAGAGGAGGUGCUUGGGGGUGUAAAGAGAGGAAGGAGGAGAGGAGAGAACGCGGCAGAUCCAGGUAGAAAAAGUGACGUAAAACACGUUAUAUUGACGUUUCUCAUCAAGUCCAGAGCCAGGUUGUCAAUCAGAGAAGCCCCACAGUGGACUGUCCUGACUGAGUGUGGAAACGAGGGAAACUCUCCCUCAUAAAGUGAAGCUCUGCCUGGAGUUGCCGCUGCCGUAAGCACUGAGCUCUGCUGGCAUCUGCCCAGCCGGCUGGCAUACAGCUCCCUGCCAGCUGAAGUCCGCCCUCUCUGUGAGCUUGUCGGUGAGACUUGGGGACCACCAGCUGCUGGUGAAUCUUCUACACCACCUCGGGAAAACCAGAUAGCGGUCUGAGCUGCCGCGAGGCUCAGGCUUCCUCUGGCCACGCUGGAUGUCCCUCUCAGAGGCCAGGUAGCAGCUCUCCACUCCAUCCCCCCAUCCUAGACCCUGAGUGAGUCAAGGCAAGUUAAGUGCUUCUUUCUGCCAUUUAGUUCGAGGCCCCCACGUGCACAAUCAGCGUUCAGGCCUGCCAAGAGAGACACACCCAGAGAGAAAAAAGGGGAACCCCGUAUUUUUAUUUCCUUUUAUUUCAAUAUUUCUGACCAGGUCAGUUUGAGUUUACUGAUGCAGUUUGAGUGUAAGCGUGCCCGUAUUACUGCUGUGUAUUAAUAGGGUAUUGCUAUACAUUUCUGGGAAAACCAUAGAAAACUAAAUUGUGUAUUUUAUUUAUUUAUUUUUUACUCUUUAGUUAUGUGACCAAAACAGACAACAGAUUUGAGUGACCGAAUUGAGUGAUCUCUGGUUUUUUUCUAAGCUGGUUUUAAUAAAUACCCCAGCCCAAGAUGCAGCAAUUCCCGGUGUUUAAUUGUAUUAAUCAUAAGAAGCUGGGAUUUUGUUUGUUGUGUGUUAUAAUAGUCACAUGUCUAGAGUGUUACUCUUAAGUACACCGGUCAUAAUUGGUACGCUAGAUUAUAACUGAGGUGAAAUAUUAUUCAGAAGGGUUCCUUUACUAGCCUAGACUUAAGGGGACGCUACAUACAGUUGCAGCUGCAGCAGAACGAUCUGAGAAACAGGUGAGAACAAUAACAUUUAUUGAAUGACUUUAUGUUUCAUCAGUUUUAAAGUUUAAGAUUAUGUAGGUAUGGAAUUGAAACAGUAACUGUAUAUUGUAGGUGAGUGAAAUGACUUGUGGGUGAGGGAGUGGUAGCCCAAAGAACUUCUCUGUCACACUGUUAAUACUAAAGGAGUCAAACCAGUCAAUCUACAUUUCAUCAGCCAGCUCUUUUCUCCCAGCACCCAUUUCAAGUGAAACCUCAGCUGCUUGUGGACAUUUCCCCACAGUUAACUCUUCCUUGGCACAGAUUCACUCAUCACAACAGUGCAUGGAAUGCCAGGAACAAAGUUCUGAUAACUUCAGCAUCACAUUACAUCAUGUAAUUCAUUUAAACAGCAACCAAAUCCAAUGUUGGCGAGCUGGAGUCCAAAUAACCUACUAAAUAAAGUUCCUUUAUCAUUAAAACAUGAAUGUAUGCCAGGAUCUGUCAAACUCUAAAUCCAGUUGUAACUCCCCAGUUAAUCCCAAUUAAAUAAAUGGAUUGUAUGGACAUCAAAACUUCUCCUGAAGAUCUACCCUCCUGAAAUGUAGAGUGAGUUUGACUUUCUGGUCUGACUGAAGCUUAAACAGACUAAGAUAAAGAGUUUUUCAGUAACAGAGUGAACAGUAACUGAUGACACUUUGAAGAAAAAUGCUGCGCUGAAAUCAAACACGGCUACAAACGCUCCCAGAUUGGAACAGCGCACUAAUAAAGGCACGUGAUGAGCUUAUUUCAAAAACUGGUGUUCUUCUCUCCAGGUUCUGCUCCAGAACAUUUAAAGAACCUUACCUACCACGACAGAGAGUUGGCAGAAGUCUCAGAUAUGGCUGAUUUAUAUUUUGGCGUCAGUGACUGAGAGCUAACGUAGUGAUGUUCAAAAGUUUUGGAUCCUCUGGUCAACUGAUAUGUUCUGUUGAUUGUCUAAGUAAAAAUGAGUUCACACAUCGUCUACAAGUCAAGUCAAAGUUUAUUUGUUACAAAGAAGCUUCACAGAAAAAUCUGGGUCCGAGCUCCCAUGAGCAUCGCCAAUGACAACAGUGGCAAGGAAAACUCCCUGAAAGCGGCAGGAAGAAACCUGGAAAGGAACCAAGACUCAGAAGGGGAACCUGUCCUCCUGUGGUCGACACU